GUUUUCCGGUGGGGAGAAUGCAAGGGACUCGGAGUUACUCAGCGAACCCUAGCGAUUACCAGCUUCUUGAAGAAAUCGGCCAUGGCGCCACUGCUACUGUUUACAAAGCAAUCUAUCUUCCUUCAAAGGACGUCGUGGCUGUCAAGUGUUUGGAUCUUGAUCGCUGCAGCGGUACUAAUCUGGAUGACGUACAUCGGGAAGCUCAAACACUGAGAUUGAUCGAUCACCCUAAUGUUCUUCGGGCAUAUGCUUCCUUCGUAGUUGACCGCAACCUUUGGGUAGUCAUGCCGUUCAUGUCGGAGGGUUCCUGCUUGCAUCGCAUGAAAACGGCUUAUCCCGAUGGAUUCGAAGAGGCUGCUAUCGCUUCCAUUCUUAAGGAAACUCUUAAGGCUUUGGAUUAUCUUCACCGACAAGGACAUAUUCAUCGGGAUGUCAAGGCUGGGAACAUACUGCUUGAUAACAAUGGAACAGUUAAACUCGCCGACUUCGGUGUUUCAGCUUGCAUGUUCGAUUCAGGAGACAGACAACGUUCGAGAAAUACCUUUGUGGGGACUCCUUGCUGGAUGGCACCGGAGGUCAUGCAGCCAGGAACUGGAUAUAACUCCAAGGCAGAUAUAUGGUCAUUCGGCAUAACAGCAUUGGAGUUGGCCCAUGGUCAUGCACCUUUGUCCAAAUAUCCACCCAUGAAGGUUCUCUUGAUGACCAUACAAAAUGCUCCUCCACGACUUGAUCAAGAUUGCGAUAAGAAGUUCUCCAAGUCUUUCAAAGAUAUGGUUGCGAUGUGCCUGGUGAAAGAUCAAACAAAGAGACCGACUGCAGAGAAAUUAUUGAAGCACUCGUUUUUCAAGCAUGCAAAGCCUCCUGAGCUUUUUGUGAAGAAAUUAUUUGCUCCUAUUCCACGGCUGUCGAAUCCUGUGAAACCCGUUCAGCUUAAAGAUGCUGCACAACUAGCUCUAAAGAAAAUGCCUUCAGCAGAACAAGAAGCUACAUCGCAGAGUCAGUAUCAAAGAGGAAUUAGCGCCUGGAAUUUUGAUAUUGAGGAUUUGAAAGCGCAAGCAUCUCUGGUGCAUGAUGAUGAUGAUAUUCACGAGUGCGAAGAUGAUGAUCGAAGCAUGAAAUCUAACCUUGGUGAUAAGACUGCAGCUUACUGUAGUAGCUCUUCUCCUAUUGUACUUUCCAAAAUGAUGUAUGUACGAGCUGGAGCAUAAUUCCAGUCUAGUUAGUUUGUUAGCUUUUAUUUUCUUGGAAUUUAGUAAUCUUCCAGAUUUGAAACUAAUGAAAGUCCGUAAAUUUUACAUUGAAAUUAGUUGAUCUUCUCAAUAUUUGCAUAAAGUUAAUUUCAAAUUGUUUAUAAGAUGAUGAUAACAAGAGCAUGAAAUGUAGCUCUCUAAUAUCUUCAGAACAUUGUAAGUUUUCAAAUCCUCUUUAGACCAGUGAUCUAGAUUAUGGAAAUGAAAAGAUAAUCACCAAUCUAUACUGGAUGCAUCAAACAACUUUUGCAUUUUGCUUUAUUAAGUUCACCGCAUACAUUACUUUCACUGCAUUGCAAGAGCCAAUAAGCUACAUAGGGUACUGAUAUUUAUUUAUCUGCCAACUUCGCAACGUAUAUAGUAGUAGGAAGAAAGUUACAUUAAAGAUACCAAAUUUUGCACCUUUCUCAACUUCUGCAUGGGCGUUUUCGUCAACUAUGCUUCAACUGUUUUGGUCUCCUUUGCAGAGUAAUACGGGAGGGCUUGAUAAACCAUUGCUCGUUUUUUCACAAGCAAAACAAUUGCACCAGAUACCACAAGUAUGACACCAGCUGUGCAUCCUAUCUAAGCAAUCCAAUCCAAUUUAUUAUGUGCUUGAGAUUGCUGGAAACCUGUGGGGUUUGUUUCAGACAGAGAGGCACAAGGAGGCAAUGGAUAACCACGUAACCCUGAAUUAUUUAAAUAUGCAGAUGUUGAAAAUGUUUCCAGCUGAACAAUUUCAGGUAUAGUGACGCUGAGAUUAUUAUUUGAGAAAUCUAAGUGAGAGAAACUGCAAUGAUUCUGGAAUUGUGCCUUGAAGUUGAUUAUGAGAAAGGUCAAGAAUGUUCAAUGCUUUCAGACUUAAAAGUAUGUAAGGGAUUGUUCCAGUUAGAGUGUUGUGUCCCAAAUUAAGAAUUAUCAAGUAAGACAUUAAGCUCAAGCUAUCUGGAAUUGGUCCUGAUGCAGCAAACUCCUUUCCACGAACAUGGACUCAAUGAUGCAGGAUUCCAAUCAUCUAGGAAACCUUGGGGUCAGCUUCAACAGAAUUAUGCUUGAAAGCCAACAAUGCCGUUACCUCAUCGCUUUGAUUCUGCUUCUGCGAAGACAUCAGCUGCAUAUCACUAGCCUCUGAAGGUAUAGAACAUGCAGAUAGGAGGAAAACAAGACAAAGGAGGAAAUGCAUCCAUUGUUCAUCAAGUAUCCUCAU